AUGGCGCCAAAGACGCCGCCAUUCUCGCUGCUCGACAAAAUGGCGACUAGGACAUCCACAUCCAGUUGGCUCUGCCGCCUGCUGCUGUUCGGCUUUUGCAUUGGCGCCGCCGCCGCUCGAGACAUUCCAUCGGCAAUGGACCACGCCGAGGUGGCCUUUUACUGUCCGGGAGAGGGUCUGUUUGCGGACGACUACGAUUGCCGGAUUUAUUACCGCUGCGAGCGGCGGUCGGGCCAAUACAUCCGACCCUAUCUGCUGGCCUGUCCCGAGGACGCGGUCUUUUCGCGUUCGCUGCGAAUGUGUCUGCCACCGGCGAUGGCCGGACGGGACGAGUGCGUGGACCAGGCCAACGAGGUGGACGGAGGCAGCAUGGAGCGGUGGGAACAGGACGACUACGGACAGGAUGACCAUAAUGCGAUGCUUAACCUGGCCGUCACACCUGCGGCCCAUGAGCUGCGUAGCUACGCGUCCGCCCAUCGGCUGCCCACGAAUUAUGGCCUGGCAGGUCUCAGCGGUGUCUCCGUCAUAUCCUUUUCCAGCUCAUCAUCCCUGCGAGCUGUUGUUUCAGAGGAGGCAGACGGAGUAGUGUGCCGGGAUGAUGGCUUCAUGAACGAUCCCAGCGACUGCACCGUGUUCUAUCGCUGCAUCUCGAAUGGCCGGGGCUAUAACAAAAUCGGCUUCCGGUGCUCCGAUGGCACGGCGUGGGACGAAUCCCUGCAGUCCUGCAACCACAUGUUUGACGUACGUGCCAAUGGCGGUUGCCGCAAUCAGGCGGUGCCACAGAACGAUGGCUAUUACGCGGGCCAAACGUCAACACAGUCCUCGCAGUCCAGCUACCAGAACUCGACCUCAAGCAGCCAGCAGAGCUCGUCCACUAGUUCAUCGAAUUCCACCGAGAGUUCCAGCUCGUCAUCUAGCUCUAGUUCGACUCAGGAGUCCUCUACAUCGAGCAGCAAUCAGCAGUCCAGCUCUACGUCUAGCAACAACCAGGAGUCGAAUUCGUCUUCUAGCAACAAUCAGGAAUCCAGCUCAUCUUCUAGCAACAACCAGGAAUCCAGCUCAGAAACUAGCAACAACCAGGAGUCCAGCACGAGCUCCAGCAGCAAUCAAGGUUCAAGCUCCCAAAACUCCGGCAGCAAUCAAUCCGCCAGCAGUAACCAGAACCAAAGCUCAGGAAGCAACCAAUCUUCGAACAACAAUCAGAACUCCAGCAGCAACCAGAACCAAAGCUCUCAAAAUUCCGGCAGCAACCAAAGCUCGAGCAGCAAUCAAAGUUCAGGAAGCAACCAAAGUUCUGGCAGCCACCAGUCCUCGAACAACAAUCAAAGUUCUGGCAGCAACCAGAGCUCUAGCAGUAAUCAGUCUUCGAAUAGUAAUCAAAGUUCCAACAGCAAUCAGAGCUCUUCAGGCAAUCAAACCGCCAGUGGAUCCAACAAACCCAUACCCACCGAAUGCGAAGAUGAAAACACUUAUAUCCCCGACAAAGAAGACUGCGCUAAAUUCUACAGAUGUCGCCAAGAUAAAGAUGGAAAACUAGAGCAGGUGCCAUUCACCUGCGGACCCGGCACUGUCUGGAACCAAGAAGAUAAAGUCUGCGAUCUGCCCACAGAAGAUCAGAAGAAGAAAUGCAACAUACAAACAGGAUCGUCCAGUGGAAGCAACAACUCUGGCCAGCAAACAAGUGGAAGCUCUUCCAGCAACAGCAAUCAAUCUUCCGGCAAUCAAGGCUCUAGCAAUCAAUCUUCUAGCAACCAGAGCUCAUCUAGCAAUCAAUCUUCUAGUAACCAGGGAUCGUCCAGCAAUCAAGGUUCCUCAAGCAAUCAAGGCUCCUCCAGUAAUCAAGGCUCGUCCAGCAACCAAGGCUCGUCCAGCAAUCAAGGGUCUUCUAGCAAUCAAGGCUCCUCCAGCAAUCAGGGCUCCUCUAGCAAUCAAGGCUCCUCUAGCAAUCAAGGCUCGUCCAGUAGUCAAGGUUCGUCCAGCAAUCAAGGAUCUUCUAGCAACCAGAGCUCAUCAAACAAUCAAGGUUCAUCCAGCAACCAAGGCUCAUCAAACAAUCAGACUUCCAAUCAAAGCUCAUCUUCAUCGUCCACAUCCAACAAUCAAAGCUCAUCGAGUUCCAACAACAAUUCAUCUAGCAAUAAUUCGACGACUUCCAAGCCCUCUAAUCCUGAUGGUAAAUGCCAGAAUACGGAAACAUACUUGGCAGACAGAACAGACUGUGCCCGAUUCUAUCGUUGCGUAGAGAAUGGCAAUGGUGGCUUCGAUACGGUUCCGUUUGAUUGCUCACCAGGAACGGUUUGGGAUCCCGAUACUAAAGGCUGCAACCAUCCCACGGAUGUGCAAAAGGAGCAGUGCAGGGCAAUGGCCAGUGGUAGUGGUAGCUCAUCCAAUCAGGGAUCCUCUUCGAAUCAGGGGACAUCCUCGAACCAAGGAUCUUCCACCAACCAGGGAUCCUCUUCCAACCAAGGAUCUUCCUCCAACCAAGGAUCAUCAUCAAACCAGGGAUCAUCCUCCAACCAGGGUUCAUCCUCAAGCCAGGGUUCGUCAUCCAACCAGGGAUCUUCCUCCAACCAAGGAUCUUCUUCCAACCAGGGAUCAUCCUCCAAUCAGGGUUCGUCAUCCAACCAGGGAUCUUCCUCCAGCCAGGGAUCUUCAUCGAACCAAGGAUCUUCAUCCAACCAGGGUUCCUCUUCCAACCAGGGCUCGUCAUCCAACCAAGGUUCUUCUUCCAAUCAGGGUUCUUCGUCCAACCAAGGAUCUUCUUCCAAUCAGGGUUCUUCGUCCAACCAAGGAUCUUCUUCCAAUCAGGGUUCUUCGUCCAACCAAGGAUCUUCUUCCAACCAAGGGUCUUCCUCCAACCAAGGAUCUUCAUCCAAUCAGGGAUCAUCUUCCAACCAAUCCUCUUCCAGUCAAACAUCGUCUUCCCAGCAGUCGUCCUCUUCUAACCAGACUGCAUCGUCAAAUACUGAAGGAUCUUCGUCAUCUACCACCCAGAAACCAUUUAAGCCUGCCGAAAAAUGUGAGAGUGAGGAAACCUUCCUGGAUGACAAAGAAAACUGUUCAAAGUUCUAUCGCUGCGUAGAUAAUGGUAAGGGUGGAUUUAAUAAGGUAUCGUUUACCUGUCCCCCAAACACGCUCUGGGAUCCAGAGUCCAACAGCUGCAACCAUCCCGAUCAGAUUCAGACAAACCCGCUUAAGUGCAAAAAAGUGGUCAACCAAGGCGGAACUACAUCUAGCAGCAGCAGCUCAUCUUCGAGUAGUUCAUCAAAUAACAGUGGCGCUUCCUCGAACAGCGGUUCCUCAUCCUCGAAUACGGGCUCCUCUUCAAACAGUGGCUCCUCCUCAAACAGUGGCUCCUCCUCAAACAAUGGAUCAUCAUCUUCCAACAGUGGCUCAUCUAAUCAAGGCUCCUCUUCAAACAGUGGUUCCUCAUCCUCUAAUACCGGGUCAUCUUCCAACAGUGGCUCUUCUAAUCAAGGAUCAACGUCUUCAUCAUCAUCUUCAUCCUCUUCAAGCAACAACAACAACCAAGGCUCAUCAUCCUCUAGUUCAUCCUCCUCCAGCAGUAGCUCAACUACUUCCAAACCAAAUCCUUCCGAAACCUGCAAAGUCAAUGGACAAUUUAUUGGAGAUCGCAACGAGUGCGCCAAAUUCUAUCGCUGUGUGGAUAACGAUAGAGGUGGCUUUAAUAUGAUUGCCUUCACCUGCGGACCAGGCACAGUUUGGGAUGCCCAACUUCAGGCUUGUAACCAUGCUUGGGCUGUAAAGGAAUGCGGUGGAGUUGCCCCACCUCCGACUUCUGCUCCUCCGACUACUUCCUCGACAAUAUCUACACCCACAACUUCUGGCACCUCUCGACCUUCAGGUUCAUCUACAACCUCCAGACCAUCAGGUUCAUCUAAAACCUCCAGGCCAUCAGGUUCAUCUACAACGAACUCUCCUAAUCCUCCUCAACCAACUACUUCCUCUCCUUCGUCAUCCACUUCCUCCCCAACCUCAUCCGCUGUUACUCCGUCAUCCAAUACCAAUGGCACAUGCAGCUCAGAGGGCUUCAUGGCCGACCCAAGCAACUGCUCCAAGUUCUAUCGCUGUGUAAGGAAUAACAAGAAUGGCUUCACUGCUAUUCCAUUCCAAUGCGGUGCUGGUACUGUUUGGGAUCAGGACCUACAGACCUGCAAUCACAAUUUCAACAAUUGCAACACUGGCACUGAAGCUCCAACAACAAAACCUCCCUGUGAGACCACGACUAAUGGAACAACAACUACGUCAACCACCGAAGGACCUCUAACCACCACAACACGUCCGACCACUACAGACUUACCAACUACUACAACUGGUCAACCACUCACCACGACAACAGGCUUACCACCCACUACAACAACAGGUUCACCACCCUCCACAACAACCGGUUUACCACCCACCACCACAGGACUUCCACCCACUACAACUACUGGAAAUCCACCUACAACUACAACGGGUGCUCCACCCACGACCACCGAAAUUCCAGCCAGUACUACUACUUCGUUGCCACCCAGUACAACAACAAGCAACUCGGAAUCUGACACCACAACAAUCACAUCGAGUUCGGAUACCACCACCAUCCAGCCACCGUCUUCCACAACCACAAUGAAACCUCUGCCAGCUGGAACAGAAUGCACAGGAGAGGGUUAUAUGGCCGAUCCAGAAGAUUGUAGAAAAUACUACCGAUGCAUCAGCGCUGGAUCCUCGUACAGAAAGUACAAUUUCACGUGUCCCAAGGGCACGGGAUGGAACGAAGAAGUCCAGACUUGUGACUAUAUGGAGAACAUUCCAAGGUGCUCGAAUCUGCCCACCGAAUCGCCGACCACAAAGGAUCCCGAGACCACCACUCCAGCUGAAGAGUCGAAGGAUCCGGGAAGUACAACAACGGAAGAACCCACAACAGUCACAAAGCCCAUGACCAAACCAACACCUGAACCUUCAACGGAUAAACCGCAGAAGCCCACCACAACCGAAUAUCCCGAAAAACCCACAACUACAGAACAACCGCAAAAACCGACGACCACAGAAUAUCCCGUUAAACCAACAACCACUGAACAACCGCAGAAACCGACUACACAGGAACCUACUACUACCAAUAUUCCCGGCUAUAAUCCAACCACAACACCUGUCUCGAUAGAAACUACAACCAGUACUCCAGGCUAUAAGCCCACUACCACUGUUGAACCAGAUACAACCACUACAGGACCUAUUACAACCACCACAGGACCUAUUACAACCACCACAGGACCUAUAACAACCACUGAACCCGUUACAACAACCACAGUAACUACCACAACAACUACAAGACCUACCGAACCUAUUACCACCACUACUGCUGUUCAACAACCUACAACUACGGACAACCCUGAAAGCACCACAACGGAAGGACCAAGCACCACUAUUCAACCUCAACCACAACCGAACUAUUACUGCUCCGCCGAGGGUUUCUUCCCCGAUCCAGAGGACUGCAGUCGCUAUUACCGCUGUGUAGAUGCGGCCAAGAAUGGCAAAUACCAGGUGUACGCCUUUAAGUGCGGUAACGGAACUGUUUGGGACACAUCCACCGAAACCUGCAAUUAUGCCGAUCAGGUCUCCGGAAAUUGUUCUUCUGGACAGACGACUUCUUCGCCAGGAACUACAACAGAAUCUGGUUCAACGGAAAGCUCAACUAGCUCUGGAAGCCCUGAAACAAGCACAUCGAGGGUUCCUGAAACUACUACCACUGGAGCACCAGAAACCACUACCACUGGAGGAACUCCUGAAACCACUACCACUGUAACCACCGAGACAACAACUUUAGGAAGCACAGAAACCACUACUUCAGGAAGCACUAGCCCUGCAACAACCACCACGGAAUCCCCAACAACAACUACUGAAACCCCUGUAACCACUGCAAGACCGGAAUCCACAACCGCAAGUGGAGAAGAAACCUCGACCAACCAGCCAACGACCAGUACUACCACAGAGAAUCCUACUCCUGGCAGCAACUCCACCGCUCCUUGCCCAUCCACCACACCCGGACAGAAUGUGUACGUCUGUCCGACCGGAUUCCGUCAGCAUCCGGAGAAGUGCGGCAUGUUCUACCAGUGCAGCGAGAGUGCGGAUAGCAACGAUCUCAACAUAGUGGUGUUCCAAUGUCCCAACGGAACUGUCUACCAGGACAAGACCUGCAGUUGCGGUAAGCCCCAGGAGGGUGACAAAUGCGCCAAGGACAUGAAGAGGACCACCAACUUCUUCGAACAGGAGACUAAGCUUCAGAAUGUGGUACAAAUCAGCACGACGGCACCUCUCUGUCCGGAUGAGGGUCACUUCGCGCUGAACCAUGACCAGUGCGGCCAGUUGUUCGUCAAGUGUGGAUUCUCGGAGCUGACAGGACGCAUCGAGGGUCAGAUCCACCGCUGUCCGCAGGGAUUCGCCUAUUGGAACGUGAGCCGGCGAUGCGAACCCGCUAGGAAGCUGCUCAACUGCAUCCCAACCACCUACAAUGUGGGCGGAAAUGUGCCGCUGGAGUGGCUUAACAUUGGCCAUAGACGCCGCAACCUGCGCAUUUAA